GAUCAACAUCCCGGAAACUCCCAGUGUUUAUUCACAGUCACAUGACCGAACAAGUGACACAAGUUUUAGCAGCAAGUUAACUUUGUUGGGCGUCUGAACAAACGUUAACAAUGUUGAUUUGUGGACCAAAACUCGCUGCUUGCGGGGUUGUGUUGAGCAUGUGGGGGGUUAUCAUGUUGGCCAUGCUGGGGAUUUUCUUCUGCACACAUUCAGCCGUGCUGAUUGAAGAUGUUCCAUUCACAGAAGGCGACCUUAAAGAUGGGAACCCUCCUAUGAAGGUCUAUGAAGUGUUCAACAAGGUGGGCUAUAACUGCUUCAUAGCCGCUGCUGUCUACGUCCUGCUGGGAGCGUUCUCCUGCUUCCAAGUGAAGCUCAACAAGCAGAAGGAGUACCUGGUGCACUAGUGCCACCUGCUGGACUGAGGAGGUCCCAGCAGACACUGACUGUUCUCUGAUCACUGACUUCUGUCUCAGGGAUCCAAUCAUGAACUCCAGGGAGGAGACUGGACGUUGCACCUUCAUGUGUUUAGGAUGAGAUUGAUUCUACCUCUUAUCACAAGUGCCGAAAUGAUUUGAUUGUUGUUGUACAAAUCAACCGACUGUGUUGCAAAAAAGCUGUUGUUCUCCAGAGUCUUAAUUGUUAUUUAAAGAAUGUUAAUUAUUUUGUCUUCACUUGCUCUUUCACACCGCACUAUCCAAGAGAAUGUUUUUAUGACUAUUGCCAGCACCCACUUGUGUGGUAAUAUUAUUACAUCAGUUUACUUCUGUCUGUACAGUUUCCCAGAGAAAUCAUAUCCUAAAAGCUGUCUUUAUUCGAAUGUCUAAGGUUGCAGUCCAGCAUUUCAAACAUUAAAGGCCCAAUAUUGUAGAAAAAAAG